AUGUCCAAUAUUAUAUCUCUUGAUUUCAAGAGUUCUGCAUUGAUUAUUGCCCUGGUAUUGGUUCCUAUCGUCAUUCUAUUCUGUGCGGUCGCUGUGGCCCUGGCCUGCUCUGAGCACUGCAGCUGUCGGUUCAACACUCCUCCCUGGCUCUCUUGCCGAACUCGCUACCGUCACAAAAGGCGCCUUCGCUCUGAUCUCGAGAGUGGUACCGGUCAAGGCACCGAGACUUCUGAAGUGCCCUUGAAUUACGCAUCUCCCGUUCACACUAGCGAGCAUGUCUAG